UUGAAACCUGUACUCUGUCAGGGGGGUUGCUCAUAGUAACACUCUUGUAAUUACGACAGUUCAUUUCCAGACUGCAUGGGGAUUAUAGAAUAAUUUAAAUGGCAAAUCAACCCAAGACAAACAUGGAGAAAGUUGGUGCAUGUCAUCCUGUCAGCGCUGGAAUGUGUCAGUGAUUUGACCGACUUGUCUGUGAGGAUCCUGUAGCUGUGUCUGGGUGAAUGUUAACCUGCCUGUGAUCUUAUUGGGAUUAUGAUGGCAUCAAGUUACAACCCCAAUUAUCAGAUUUUUAUUGGGAGAUUUGCUCGUAGCAACAUGACAGAGUUUUGGAAGGAGCACUCCAAGGCUGCCACAGUGGAAGAGAUGAUGCUAGACUCCCGUGCCAGGGAGCUAACCCAGCAUGAGCUGCCCGAGAUCCUCUCCAUGCUGCCCUGUUUGGAUGGAUACAGAGUGCUGGAACUGGGUGCUGGCAUCGGUCGUUACACCAGCCACCUGCUGACUAAGGCCAGGCAUGUGACGGCCGUGGACUUCAUGGAAAGCUUUGUGGAGAAGAACAGGCAGGACAAUGGUCACCAUAGUAACGCUACCUUCAUCCAAGCUGACGUCACAAAGCUGGAUGUCCCCAAAAACAGUAUUGAUUUCAUCUUUUCCAACUGGCUGCUGAUGUACCUGAGUGACGAGGAGCUGAAGUCUUUCAUAGAGAAGGCGCUGGGCUGGCUGCGGCCCGGUGGUUUUCUUUUCUUCAGAGAGUCUUGCAACCACCGGUCAGGUGACUCCAAGAGGGACUUCAACCCCACCUGCUAUCGCACUGACACACAAUACAGCCACCUGGUAUCAUCAGUACAAGCAGAGGGGCCAGAGAGCGGCCAACAGUUUGGUUUCGACAUUGUGUUGAAAAAGAAAGUUCAGGCCUAUAUUGAGAUGAAAAACAACCCUAAUCAGAUCUGCUGGAUGCUGGAGAAGGUUCCCCGCUCCUCAAACACAGAGAAUGGAUUCAGCACCUUCCAGCAGUUCCUGGACAACCAGCAAUACACCAGCCGUGGCAUCCUGCGCUACGAGAAGAUGUUUGGGGCAGGUUACGUCAGCACAGGGGGGCUGAGCACCACAAAGGAGUUUGUAGACCUGCUGAACCUGAAGCCCGGACAGAAGGUUCUUGAUGUUGGCUGUGGCAUUGGAGGAGGGGACUUCUACAUGGCAAAGACAUUUGGAGUUGAAGUGCUUGGCCUUGAUCUGUCAGACAAUAUGGUAGACAUCGCCAUGGAGAGAGCAAUCACUGAGAAGUUGCCAUCAGUCCAGUUUGAGGUGGCCGAUGCCACUAAGAGGACGUUCCCUGAAGAUUCCUUUGAUGUGAUCUACAGCAGAGACACAAUCCUGCAUAUAGAUGACAAACUGGCACUCUUCAAACGCUUCCAUUCAUGGUUAAAACCGGGGGGUCAGUUGCUUAUCAGUGAUUACUGCUGUGGGGAGAAGCCCUGGACACCAGUGUUCGAAGCCUACGUCAAACAGAGAGGCUACAUCCUCUAUACACCCUCACAGUAUGGCAAGUUCCUUGAAGAAGCUGGUUUCUGCAAUGUCAGGGCAGAAGACCGGACAGCCCAAUUCAUCCAGGUGAUUGAAACAGAGCUGCAGAGAGCAGAGGCUAUCAAGGAUGAAUUCACCGAGCAAUUCUCAGAAGAGGACUAUUUUGCAAUAAUAAAUGGAUGGAGAGAAAAACUGGGACGUUCCAACAGUGGAGACCAAAGAUGGGGACUUUUUUAUGCAACAAAGCAUUGAGUGAUUGUAGUAAGAACGCUAAUAAAAAGGAGAAAAAAAAAACAAA